UAACGAGUUCUUGCACCUCCCAACUCAAUUCUCACUCCGACUCGCUCACUCGUCGUCGUCACUGCCACUCCGAAUCUCCGCAGCUCCGCCACAGCCGAGCUCACGCGGAUCCCGUACAAAACUCAGCGAAGUUCGAAGACGAUGAUCGCGCUUUCACCUUCAAAGGUCGCUCCAACUCACGCCAAUCCCUCGACAAGCACCUCUUCUCCAUCUCCGAAACAUCCAUCAGCUUCCUUCUUCUCCAAUCCGCUCAAAUCCCCUCGAUGUUCGCGCUUGUAUGUCUGCUCCAGGAGGCUUCGGGCCCUGACCGUGACCUUCUCGAAGUCGUCGCCGGAGGAAGCGGAGCUCUCUGCCCCGGAAGAGGACGAGUGGCUCAAGCGGCUCCCGGACAAGACCAAGCCGCUUUACUCUCACAGCUUGCCUUGCAUCGAGGCCUGGUUGAGGAACCUAGGGUUCUUUCAGGGCAAAGAGGACCGUGCCGUUUGGUCGAUUGAGCUUCCCGAGUGGCACGCGCAGCUCUCUCUUGACGUCACCGAUCUUUAUAUAAGAUACCUAAAAAGUGGACCAGGAAACCUUGAAAAAGAUGUGGAGAGAAGAUUCAGCUAUGCAUUGAGUAGAGAAGAUAUUGAGAAUGCUAUUCUUGGGGGUCCUUAAGAACAAGCUCCCUUCUUGGUCGUGGUCCUAUCGGUUUGGACAGAGUGACCUACAAAGGAGAAGGAGCACAAUCAGCUAGAAGUAUUGAAAUCUCAGCAUCUUCCGGUUUUUGCAUGGAGAUUGUUCAUGCACCCUGUAUUGACAGUCCAUGUGAUUUUUGAAUGCCCUUCUCACUUUCAAUUGU